UCACAAUCAGCUUCUCGGACGCCGCAAAACCGCUCCGGCACGGCAUCACCAAGCCAGCAAACUCAGCCAACGCAGUCGCCACGGCAGGAAGGCGGACGAGCACCGCAAGUUAACAACGUCUGGACACAGCGUAGUAGCAGUGCCAGCGGAGCCAAUGGACCACGUCAGUACACGCCCGCCAAUGGAUUUAAUGCAGACGAGGUGAAGGCUGCGCUGGGUAAGGAUGCCACACCGGCACCAUACAAGCCUGCGGAGGUUGCUGGAGGGGCGAGAGUGAGUGGCGGCUCAUGGGGAGCGAAAGCGAACCAAACUGCCAGUGGCCAAGCCUUCUUGGCUCAGCUUGCUAAGGAGAUCGCUAAAGUAGAAGGCGGCGGGUGA